AAAAGCAUUAAAAGAAAAAAGAGGUUUUAUUAUCAAGAAAAUGGUUCCUGAUGGAGCUUGUUUAUUCCGUGCAGUCGCUGAUCAAGUAUAUGGAGACCAGGAAAUGCAUUCCAUUGUACGAAAUCACUGCAUGGACUAUAUGUUAAAAAAUUCUGAUCAUUUUUCUCAGUAUGUAACUGAAGAUUUUAAUGCUUACAUAAAUCGAAAACGUACAGAUAAUUGUCAUGGUAACCACUUAGAAAUGCAAGCGCUUUCAGAAAUGUAUAAUAGAACAAUAGAAGUUUACAUGUAUGGCACAGAACCGAUGAAUACAUUUCAUGGUAGUCAGCGUACAGAUAAUGAACCAAUCCGUGUUAGUUAUCAUAGAAAUAUUCAUUAUAAUUCAGUUGUUGAUCCAUAUAAAGCCACAAUUGGUGUUGGUUUAGGAUUGCCUUCAUAUGUACCUGGGCAAGCUGAUACAAAUCUAUUACAUGAUGCUGUGAAAGUUUCCGAAGAUUGGCAUAUAGAGCAUGCUAUGUUAGAAGACAAACUAAAAGCCACCGACUGGGAGGCCACUAACGAGGCUAUUGAAGAACAAAUAGCCAGGGAAUCUUAUUUACAGUGGUUACAGGAUAAUGAAAAACGAGCCAGAAAAGACGAAACUUCUUGCAGUGCUAGUGCAACGUCUGUGAGUGGUACUUCCAGCAAUUGGUGGGACAAUGUAUCCACAUCUGGUGAGGGAUCACAACAACAGCAACGUCGUGCUGGAGGUCAUUCACCUCUCAGCCGUGGUAGUAACCAUGGUUCCCCUCCCCACAUUCCUAUACAGCCCGUAGAACAACAACAACAACAACAUCAACAGUCACCGCUCCACCCAAAUGUUGGAAGUCCGUUAGCUAAUAUUACAGAAAACCCAUUAAUAGCCAGUUUUAGUUCGCCUAUCUCUACACCUCCUAUGGGAUCACCACAGGGUGCAUGUAGACCAUCCUCUCCCAGACCCAGCACAGCGGGUGCCACAGCAUUAGAAACAUUUCAACCAGAAACGUACAUAAGAGAAUUAUCCCCAGCUCAUUAUGGACUGUCUGGUUGGGAUGAUGAUGAUGCCCUUCUUGCCCGUGUGUUAGCUGCGUCUCAUCAGGAGUAUUUGGACAACCUUCGAAAAUCUGCUGGUGUAGAACCAGACCAUCACCAUUCUGGAGGAGCUGGACCUAGCAGCUAAAACAGAACCACCACCAUCACGGUGGAGUCUAACCUAGCAGCAUAUUACUUCUUUUUCUUUUCAAAACAAUAUUUAUGGAAUGCGAAAUAGAAACCAUCCAGACAAGAGUAUUUUUAAGCAAUUGUCAAGUGAAAACACAAUUUUAUGUCAUGUUUACACAUAUUUACUGAACUUGCUAAGCAGCAACUAAAAUCAUGACAUGUCAAAAUGCUAACAAGAGAUUCAUAUACUAUAUUCAUUAAAUUUUCAUAGCAUGGGAGGGGCAAGAGUAAUAAUUUGAGUGGUUCUAGAUGUUUUUGUUCAUGGGUCAGGGGGGUUUACAGUUGUCUGUAUUGUAUCAUGAAAAUCCACCACCAUGUGAUUAUACUUGAGCGUUUUAGUCAGUUCCCCUUAGAUUUAGGGGAUAUCAAAUCGCACAAUUUUGAUAAAUUCCAAUUUUUAAUCAGCUCUCAUUUCAACAUAUUAAAUUGUGUGCAAUUUUUGUUGUAGCCUGCACAAGUGAAGUGAAGGUGAAGUCACGUUAUAGUGGGUGAUUGGGAGCAUGGCUACAAGUAUUAUAAACACAUUAAUUAUGCAAUGUGUUUUAAUUUUACUAUUUUCACUGAUGAACAUAUUAAAUUACAAUAGAACUAUUUGUUUUAUUGGAAAAUUUAAACCUCAAUGAGAAUGAUCAGAAAUAAUGAAAAUGAAUGCUUUACAAGUAACAUGAAACGAAUGAGUCUUGCAAUAAAGCUGACAACUGGUGUGCCU